UUUUCAAGUGACAGGAGUCCUUUUUACCAUCUGUGUAGGCAACAAAUUCGUUCUUUCACAGUCAUGCAUAUAGUUAAGUGUCGUGCUCUGAUGACUGACUCUGCACGUCUUUGUUGUCGAAGAAGUGCAAGAAUAUUUUAUGGCACCCCUCAAAAUUUUAGGAGAUUCAGCAUCCUUCCCCCUCCUCGCGACAAAGAGGAGAAAAUACUGCUGGACAGUAUGUUACGUGUAGACCACGCCGGUGAAUACGGGGCUAAUCGAAUCUAUGCAGGACAGAUGGCUAUUCUGGGAAGGACUCAGGCUGGCCCUCUGAUCCAGCAAAUGUGGGAUCAAGAAAAAGAACAUUUGAGAAAAUUUGACGAGAUCUUGGGGGAAAACAGGGUGCGGCCUACGUUGCUCCUGCCAGUGUGGAAUAUUGCAGGGUUUUUACUGGGAGCUGCCACAGCACUUCUGGGUAAAGAAGGUGCCAUGGCCUGUACUGUCGCGGUGGAGGAGAGCAUCUCAGAGCACUACAACAGUCAAAUAAGGACGCUGAUGGAGGCUGAUCCGGAGAGAUACAUGGAGCUAUUACAGCUAAUCAAGGAAUUCCGAGACGACGAACUGGAACAUCACGACACCGGACUGGAGCAUGAUGCAGAAUCCGUUCCUGGCUAUUUGCUCUUGAAAACUUUAAUACAAACUGGCUGUAAAGCUGCUAUAUACGUUUCUCAACGCCUUUAGCGUCGGGUUUUGUUCCGUUGUGUUUUAUUGCACUCUGUUUUGGCUGUAAAUUAAAAUAUAAACAUUGAAGACAUGUUUGACAGAUCAUGAGUAUCUCUGGCUUUUGGUUGAUUGUGGAUACACCCAGCUUGUUUUUUGAUUUAGAUUUAUGCUGUUGUAUUUAUAAUGUAUUGGUACGCUGUUUUUUUAAAGUAGGGCCCACGUCCUCAGGAACAGACGGUGUUUUCAA